CGGUUGGCAUGGUGAUAACGAGUAAUGACGCCAGUCUAGCUCGCUCUGGCAGUUUCAAGCAAGUGACAACAACUGAAAGUCGCGUAAAUUGGACUGAAAGAAAACACACACAGCUUGCUAAAAGCAUAUGUCGCUAGAUAGCAAGCGAAAUAUUACUCUGGUUCGUUUAAGAAGCUAUAAGGAAAUGUUAAUUUGACUAACGUUAGACUGUAACGACAGUAGCUAUAGUAUAGUUACAGUCAACAUCUGUGAAUUUUAGCUUGCUAUCUAGCUUGCUAACGUUACCUGCCUACUGUAUUGUACUGUACUUACUAGCUAGCUAAGCUACAUCACCUUGAGGAUGAAAAAGAGGGUUGAGAAAGUCGUGAAAGAGAAGGCAGCUGGUAACUUUGAGGAUGAGUUUUCGAAAACUGCUGGACUAAAUAUACAGGAGAAGUGUCCAGUUCAGAGGAUAGAUGAUUAUCAGUGCUCUGGCAGUCUGGAGAUGGACUUCCCUGAGCUGUGUUCUCUUCUGGGCAUGAAGGAGAUCCCUGCUGUAACCCCACGACCCCCAGCCUCUGUCACUCCUACCACAGAGAAAGGCAACAUGGAGGAGAGCCAGUCCCAGAUGGGUGCUGGUAUAGCGACUACAACGUGGUGCCCUAAACCACGCCUCCAAGUGGAGCUGGAGAGCGAGGACCCUCGCAGUAUUAAGGAGGUCAGGGUGUGUGGGUGGAAGGUGGAUGAGCUGAUGGCUCGAGUGCUUAACAAGACACUUCCAGCCCUAAGCAACCUACAGAAUCUGCAUCUGUGGCGUGCUGGUCUGACGGGGCGAACUCUGACCUCCCUGAAGAAUACAAUAUCUCUCUGCUCAAACCUAAGGACUGUGGUUUUGGAGGGAAACCCACUACCAGAGCAGAGUUAUCACCUCCUUAUAUCUGAAGACAGUAUGCUUACUCAUGUAUCACUGCGUAAUAACCGGAUUGGCGAGGAGGGAGCUCGCCUGAUUGGCUCAGCCCUCGCUACAGCCCACGCUGCCAACAAUAAUCUUCUGUCACUCAAUCUGGCCUUCAAUUCCAUUGGUGAUGCGGGCGCUGCUCAUAUAGCACAGGGUUUGCGUCUGAAUCGCUCUUUGCUGUGUCUCUCUCUGGCCAAUAAUCAUAUUGGAGACACAGGAGCCUCUCGUCUGGCAGAGGUGCUGGGUCCCUUUUCUCUGACCCAUGAUGAGGUUGUUGAGAGGAGGAGGCUGCUGCUCAGAAGAGACCAGUCGCCCUCUCAUGCUGACUCUAAGUGUGAACGACCUCUUUCCAUCCCCAGCAGCUCCUCACUGGAGCGCAACGUCAGCAAAGGAGCCAAGGUUGCCUCCAAGAAAAAGGACACAGCCAAAAAGGAUGAGAAGCCAGCAGCAAACCAGACAGGAGGGGUARCAGGAAAGAAAGAGGAACCAAAGUUGGCCAGAAAAGCCUCUGACACCAAGUUGCCCCGGGGUAAAGGGGGAAAGUCAGGGGGUAAAGAGAAGCGCCCAUCUGUGUUGGAUCAAGAGGAGAAGGCCAAUGCUACACAGAAUAAGUCAGCAGACUUGGUUGAGACAGUGAGCCCCCUGCUGGAGCCGGGAGUGCAACACACUGGAGGCCGAGUAAUUCUGCCUGGGAACACAGCCCUCACCUCCCUCAACCUAGCAGGCAACAUGCUUUCAGAGCAGUCGCUGCUCCUCUUCCUGUCCUCAGUGGGGGCGCAGACUGAAGGGGGAGGUCUGCUUCGUCUCUGUCUCAAUAGAAACCGCUUCCCUCCAGACUGUGAUUCCUUCCUCAAGAUAAAAGAACUGAUGUCACUCAGGGAUCCUCUCAACAAAACGGCCUCUGCUCAAGUAGAUGACGAACAGGGGCAGGCAGCAUAAACUAUAGAUAGCAGAGUAAAAAUCUUAACUCCCCUACCCAAUUUGUUAUCGUGGGUACCCGAACCAAUUUGUGCUAUCAUUCCACACCUUGCCACCCCUUGUUUGGCUUAUGACAAGAACUGGCAUGAUAGCAGGUCUGGUACCCAGGCUACCAAUUUGUAUCCCAAUUUGAAUUACAAAUUGAAGUUUUUCCUGCUAUUGCCCCAUUGUUUAUAUUUCCACGUGUCACUUGUCUACUCUAGUCCAAUCAAUAAACAAAAACACUGACAUGAAAUACU